CGGUAUUUGUAAUGUUCGUUGCUACAAACGUGAUUUCUACCAUAUACCGUUCAGUAAAAUACCGUCUAUUGAAUUACUGAAAGUACCCGACGAUUUUUAUGAGAUAAUUUCGGGAAUGCAGGAAACGUACCAAUUCCAGUCACAUGAUAAGCUUAACAUGAGUGGUGAUCUUGCCAAGGCGUUGAUUCAGAAAGAAAGAGCAGCAGGUUAGUCUCGCUAAUACGUAAACUAAUACAGUAAAUAAUUUUUUUAAUUAUAGAUACGCAUGCUCAAUCAACAAUGAAUAAACAGGCGUUUACUUAUGUAAACGGUAUCGUUUUUUAUGAAGCAGGAUUGCAUAAAACUGUUGAGAGAAAAAAACGAUAUUCGAUACACUGCGAUAUUUGUUCGGAGUGUUGGUCGUCUCUAAUAAAAGGGAAAGUACCGAAAUUUUCGCCUGCCAACAAAAUAUGGGCUGGAGAUGUCCCAGAAGAACUACAAGGACUAACAAUUCAUGAGGAAAAACUGAUCUCUCUUUAUCGGCACAAUGGCUGCAUUGUCAAGUUACAUUCGUCUUUUCAUUCGACAAGUACAGCUCAGUCAGCUUUAAGGAGGAAUUGCAUAAGUUUUCCCCAAGAUGUUAUUAACGUAGCUACUACCUUACCACUAGAUUUACAUGAUCUAUGUGAUUCUCUAAAGAUAAUCUUUGUUGGAUGUCGUCCUCAUCAACGAAACCAAUUAAAAAAUGUUUUGACCGUUCGGAAAAAGAAAGUUUUCGAAGCACUUCAAUGGCUUAGACAGAAUAAUGCUCUAUAUCGUAAUGUUACAAUUAAUCAAUCAAUAAUCAGCAAAUUACCUGACGAUGAUGUACCGGAAUGUUUGUGGGCAACUAUGGAAAUUUCUACUAAUGUAGAAGCAGCUGAAAAUGAAAGAGCAAGUUACAUUCCUGAUCCGUUGACCAAUGCAUCUGAAUUUAACAAUAGAACAGCUAUAUCUAUAAUCUCAAGUGCUGUGUUAGAUGUCAAUGGUACCAAAGUGUCGUCUGAUGAAGUUGCUAAACAUCUUUUAGAACGAAUCAAAGCACAAGUGCCAGAAAAAACACACGGAAAAGACACCGAGCAAAACUCUAAACAAGACACUGUAUACAUAAUUCCUCGUGGCAACAAACUGGCCAAUGAAUAUUCUAAUCCAAAUCUUUUAUUAGGAAUCUUUCCCACCUUAUUCCCAUAUGGAUGUGGUGGGCUUGAGGAUGGUUCUCGACCAAUUCAAAUCAAUUUUCAUGAAACCAACGACGGAGCAAGUACGACAAGCGAUGAUAGAACAUUAAUUGGACAAAUUGAAUCGACAGCAAGUGAAGUUAUACCACCAUGUCUCCCGACACCAAAUCCUGCAUUGGAAGGGAAGGCUAUCGAUAAAUCGGAUCGUCAUUUACUAAAGAAUGUAACCGAUCCUCAGGGCCAACAAUUACCUACAGAAGGAACGAAAAUGAAUGAACGUCAUACAUUUGACAGCGUACAUCCACAAUCAACAUCUCAUCUCAUAAUUAAACGUUCCAUUCCAGUAGUACCAGUUCUGACAGGUCCUCAAAUACCUCGCCGCGAACGAGAAGAAACACAUGAACGUUAUUGUCGCGCGUUGUUAACAUUAUUCAUGCCAUGGCGAUCAGUCCAGAACCUUUGUGCAACGAAUGAGAUAUGGUCUGAAGCAUUGGAAGCUCGAAGGCUGUUGAUCUCUCCCAACUCGCUUAAGAUUAUAGAAAAUAUAGAACUUUUGCACGAAUGCAAACACGAUCGGGAUGAACAUCUUCAUCAAGUUCUUUUAGAAGCCCAAAACGACAACAGCAUUGACCCUAUUUUGAUGCCUAAUUACUAUGAAGGCGACGAAAAUGCAGAAGAAGACGAUCCUGAACAACUUUUGCAAAUGCUCUCCAUCGUAAAUGAGAUCACGACAAACACUUACUCUGCAUUGGCAGCUACUCAAGAACAACGCUAUGUUCAUGAUGCAUUACAAGCAAUUGAUAAUACAGAUAGAUUUGCAUUACUAAAUGACAGCAGACACAUUUGGGACCAAAAUAAUUAUGGCACCAUACACGACAUCAACACAUUUGUGGUAGCUCACGCAUAUCACAGCGUCAUGAUUAAAGGAUGGAAACGUGACAUUGAAGGUCGACGAGAUGAAGCAAGAAACUAUUUAAUUUCAGGUGAAAAUACUCUGGAAGUGCGAGAUGAUGAAACACAGAUUGUAGUGGUAGCAACUGAAAUUCCAACAAGUCCCAUUAAAACGAGAGCUACAAGAGUUCCACCUGUGACUACAACCAAUGCAAUAUUAUUUCCAACAAAACAAGAUAUUAUCAGACAAUUUACACUAAGCACUCAGCAAAAAUAUGCUUUUAUGAUUAUAACUAGUCACUUAGAUGGCGAAAAUCAUGCUUAUACCGGUAUAUAA